AUGCCCCGAAAAGUCCAAAGAUCACUGAUCCAAGUAAUCAGCUUCCUCAUCAUCCUAUGCAUCAUCAUAUUUUUAAACAGACCCCAGUCCACCACCAAAUCCUUCUCCUGGGCCCGCAUCCGCUACAAGACAUCAUCCUCCAUCAUCCCUGAAGCCCGCGGCAUCUGUCCAGGCCUAGCAGGCUCAACCAAACCAGCCCUGGUAGUCUCCCAUGUCGCCGCAGACGGAGACGCAACCUGGCUCGACCCACUAGCAGCCCACUACCAUCUAUGCAUUUACCAUGUGGACGCCCCAGCAGACAAAUCCUCCAAGGUCCUGCAAGUCCCCGCAAACAGAGGCCAUGAAGCAAUGGCCUACCUGACCUUCCUCAUCGACAACUAUGCUGACAUUCCCUCUGCGGGUGCGGUCUUCGUCCACGGCACCCGCUUCGCCUGGCACAAUGAUAGCCCAGACUAUGAUAAUGCCAGGCUGUUACGCGCACUAGAUGUCAAACGCGCCCUGCAGCCAGCUGGAUAUCACAAUCUCCGUUGUGAUUGGAGUGCCGGGACGUGUCCGGCUUCUGUUCCUGCGCAGGGAAGUCUGGAGAUGAGGCUUUCGUCUGCUGUUUCGCCGUGGAGUGCGCGUGCUGCGUCUGAUCGCGCCCUCCCUGCUGCAUUGCGUCAUUUGUUUGGCGCGGAGGAUGAGGAUGUGGUGCAGCUGGCGAGGAAUGAUGCUGUGCGGGCGCAGUGCUGUGCGCAAUUUGUCGUUGCGCAGGAGCGGGUGUGGCAGCAUUCGCGGGAAGAGUAUAUUGCGUUAAGGCAAUGGUUGUUGGAUGGGAGUGAUGAUGGAGUAGCGAGGAAUCCGCAGAGUGGAUCGAGGGCUGCGCCUGGGGAUGAUCGUGUUGCUGGGAGGAUUGUUUCGUAUCUGUGGCAUAUUUUGUUUGCGAGGCUUGGGGAGGAUGGUGUUAAUCUUGAGGAGCUGAAUCGGGAUUCUUGUCCCACUGCUCAAGACUGUUAUUGUCGGUUGUAUGGGCGGUGCUCGUUGACUUGCAGGAAACCGGGGAAUUGUCAGGGACAGUAUGCGGUGCCAAAGUAUUAUAAGUUGCCGGAGGAUUGGGAGAAGACGCAUCCAUGA